UUAAAAAGUCGCCGGAAACAACACAUUUCGAUCGAGAUUCAAUUAAAAGGGGAAAAAAAAUCGAAAAGGAAAAAAAAAACGAGAAGAAGAUCGGAGACGACGACGGUGAUGACGAUGGACAGAGAGAAGGAGAGAGAACUUGAGCUCGAGAGUGCAAUGUACACAAACUGUUUGCUUUUAGGUUUGGAUCCGAACGUGAUCGGACUCGGAGCCUCCAAUGGCACGCCUCGGGUCGGGUUAUUUCGCCAUUCCAAUCCAAAGCUCGGUGAACAGCUUCUCUACUUCAUCCUCUCUUCUCUUCGUGGCCCUGCUCAAUCUUCAAAGGAUUUUGAUAAGGUUUGGCCAAUUUUCGAUUCGGCUCAAUCUCGCGAUUUUCGUAAGGUUGUUCAAGCAAUUAUAAGCGAGCUUGAAUCACAAGGGGCAUUACCAAGGAGUAAUUCGAGGGUUUCAUCACUAGCCACUUGCUGUGGUCCAAGAUUUGUGGAGCUCUUAUGGCAACUUUCAUUGCAUGCGUUAAGAGAAGUUCAUAGGCGGACGUUUCCUGCUGAUGUAGCUUCCAAUCCUCUACCUUCUUCUCUAACUGACGUAUCCUUCUCACAUGCAGCUACUUUGCUUCCUGUAACCAAGGCCCGGAUAGUGCUUGAGCGUCGUCGGUUUCUUAAAAAUGCAGAGACUGCUGUACAAAGACAGGCCAUGUGGUCUAAUUUAGCCCAUGAGAUGACUGCAGAGUUCCGUGGUCUCUGUGCUGAAGAGGCUUACCUGCAACAGGAACUAGAAAAACUUAACGAUUUGAGAAACAAAGUGAAGCAGGAAGGAGAAGUGUGGGAUGACCUUGUGUCUAGCUCCAGUCAGAAUUCUCAUCUAGUUUCAAAGGCUACUAGGUUAUGGGAUUCUAUAAUGGCUCGUAAAGGUCAGCAUGAAGUUCUUGCGUCAGGUCCCAUUGAGGAUUUGAUAGCUCACAGGGAGCAUAGAUACCGAAUUUCAGGAUCGGCCCUACUUGCAGCGAUGGAUCAGAGUUCUCAAGUUCCUCGUGCAGAAUUACUCUCUGCCCAUUCAGAUGAUUCAGCUUCACUUGCGGAUGACAAAGAACUAAGUGAUGGAUCGUACACAAACAUGCAUGACCACUCUAUAGGAGACAGUUUUGAAACAGCCAGCUCACAAGCAAGUGAUGAAACACUUUCUCGAGUAGAUGAUAGAGGUGGAAAGAUUAACCAGACAGUCGAUGUAGCGGAAGUCAUAAGGCGCUGGACACAUGCAUUACAGCGUAUUCAUAAACAGUCUCUUCUUCUGGCUAAAGCCAAUGAUGGGGAUGGUCCAGAUAUUUUGCGGACUGCGAGUGAUGGUGGUACAAGUGGGCAUGUUGAAUCAUUGGCUGCAACUUUGACUGAACAUCAACAACAUUUAGCUAGCUUUCAGGUUCUUAUCAACCAAUUAAAGGAAGUUUCUCCAGCCAUACAAAAAUCCAUAUCGGAAUGUACUGAGAUGGUUAAUAGUCUUCCCCCGACCUUGCCUCCAGUUACGAGAAGUAAUGGGCAAGCAUCUUCACUUCUACAAUCUCAGGGCAGUGGGAGAAUUAUGGAAGGUGUAUCCAAUGAUGUUGCUGAGCUGACCUCAACAAUGUCUAAUGUUCAGCUCGAGAAGGUCUCAGCUAGUCCUACAUUAAAGCUUCCACAGUUAUUUAGCUCCACUCCUACUUCUUCUGGUAAAGGAGGAAAUGGACAAAAGCGACAGACAAUGGCUUCUCAGGUCAAUAAAAUGGAAAGCUUGUCAGAGAAGAACUCUACCGACCAAGCACUAUCAAAUGCUCGACCAGACAACUUACCGACUGAUACAAGCAGUUCUUUUGUCCAGAACCUAAAGAAAUCUGUGAGGGAAGCGGCUUUAUUGAUUCCUUCUUCAGCAGGAUCAUCACGGGACAGUCAAUCCGAUGAGGGCUCCGAGCAUUAUUUUGUACCUCUUUCAGCAACUGGCUUUUCCCGUUUUCCAUCAGAAACCAAAGCCCUGCCUCUCAGAGGGUCGAGGGCACUUACCUCUAUGAGCGAGCCUUCGUUUCUUGAACCCAAUGUUCCUGAUAGCUUUGCGCCAAGCAAGUACAGUGAUAUACCUGACACGUUUGAUGAUCUAGAUUCAUUCAAAGAUUACGAUAACGGAAAUGGGUUUCUGUCGGUUGCUGGAUCAAACAGUGUAGCUUCUGAUGCACAACAAUCGUUUUACGAUGUUGAUGAUCAAGUAUUUUCCCCACCUUUACUAAUGGAUUCGUCCUUAUUAUCAGAUGCCUAUGAAGACUUGUUAGCUCCUCUGUCAGAAACCGAAGCCGCUUUAAUGGAGCAUUAGGAAGAACCGAAGAAGCCUUGAAUCAGUAUAACACUUGUGUUUCUUCAACAAUUGUUCUCGGUCUCACACAGGUGUUUCAGUUAUUUACCAUUUAACAAGGCUUUCUUAAUUUAUCUUGGAUUUGUUGGUAAUGGGACUGACUCUUGAUGAAUGAAUCAUGAUGAUAUAU